AAGGAGCCGAAGGCAUGGCCGGCGCGUCCUCGGAGGCGGAGGCGGAGGCGCUGGCCGCGGCGCUCGAGCGGAGCCGCCUCUUCCUGAGCGGCCUGGAGCCGGUGCAGCAGGGCGCCGAGGCUCGCGUCUUCCGUGGCCGCUUCCAGGGCCGCGCGGCCGUGGUGAAGCACCGCUUCCCGAAGAGCUACCGGCACCCGGAGCUGGAGGCGCGGCUCGGCCGGCGGNGGACGGUGCAGGAGGCGCGCGCGCUGCUCCGCUGCCGCCGUGCGGGGAUAGCUGCGCCAGUUGUCUUCUUUGUGGACUAUGUGUCUAACUGCUUAUAUAUGGAAGAAAUCGAAGACUCGGUGACUGUUCGGGAUUAUAUCCAAUCCACUCUGGAGACUGAAAAGGACCCCCAGUGCCUCUUGGACCUGGCCAGGAGGAUGGGGCAGGUUCUGGCCGGAAUGCAUGACGAAGACCUCAUUCACGGGGACCUCACCACCUCCAACAUGCUCCUGAGGCGGCCCCUGGCGCAGCUUCACAUCGUGCUCAUCGACUUCGGGCUGAGCUUUGUCUCAGGACUGCCGGAAGACAAAGGCGUCGACCUCUAUGUCCUGGAGAAGGCCUUCCUCAGCACGCACCCCCACACCGAGACUGUCUUUGAAGCCUUUCUGAAGAGUUACGGGGCCUCGUCCAAGAAGUCCAGUCCAGUGCUGAAGAAGUUAGAUGAGGUGCGCCUGAGAGGGCGAAAGAGGUCCAUGGUCGGGUAGCAGAGCUGUGGUGACUGACUGCCUCACAGUGAGAGAUGAUGUAGACGAGGCUGGACCCCUCAGCAAAGCAUGGGUCGUUAAGUAGUCUAUGAUCGUGCUAGGCCACCACCAUCCAUGGCUCACUGUUCUCAGGGGCUUCAUGUACAUGAGGUUUAUUCUAGGCAGAGCUGGGUGGGUAGCCUGGGCUGGCUUCAAACUAUGUAGCUGAGGAUAACAUUGAACUUCUGAUGUUCCUGUAUCCGUUGGAGUAUCAGUGUGUGCUGUCACAUCUGGUUUCUUUGGUGCCCUGGGCACACUAGUCAAGCCCUCUACCAACUGAGCUACAUCCCAGCCCUAGACCUGGCUGUUUCAGAUCAUCAAGCUUUCCCCUGACAGUGGCUGUGGAGCUCAUGAAGAGCAGGCAGCCUUGAGCUGAGCCGUCCUGGAAGGACAAGGCGGGGACUCCGUUUGGGAUGCAGUUUGUAGUCUGCCCUUUACUCUGGUGGGGUAUUUGUUGUACGACUGACUCGAGGCUGGUACAUGUGCUCGAGGCCGGUUCAGUGGAUGUAAGCACCGCUUGGAGAAAUCAGAACAGGCUCUGACUGGGAUGCAGUGGACUGCUCCACGGAGCUUGUUCCAAGUGUGGAUUCCUACGUGGGUGUCCUAUGUGAGUUUGAUAUAAAAGAUGGUUUUGGGGGGACUGGAGAGGCGGCUUGGAGCUAGGAGCACUUGCUCUUCCAAAGGACUGCAGUGUGGUUUCCAGCACCCAGUGCCUCUGCCUCCUCAGGAGCCUGCGCCUAUGUGCGUAUGUCCCCCCUGUCCCCUGAAACACAUGGAUAACUAAAGUAGCAAGAAUACAUUCUUAAAAUAUUCUUGAGAGUUGUUUUAAAAGUACUACCAUUUUUUCCUUUUAUAGAAAAGCAGGCACACAGCUUUUCGACAGCAAAAACAAGGGGGUGGGGAGGUUAAGGGCACUGACUGCUUUUCCAGAGGUCCCGAGUUCAAUCCCAGCAACCACAUG